AUGCUUGUAUAUAAUUUAGAUAAUAUAUGUCAAUGGAAAUUUCAAUCAAUAAUGAAAAGUUCGGUUAUUAGUAGUUCACAACCACGUGCAGUUUCUGUUGGUGAUUUUAAUAAUGACGAUCAAAUCGAUAUGGUCGAAGCAAAUUCUGGUACAAAUACAAUUGGCGUUUUUAUUUUAGAUAUUAAUGGAACAAUUAUCAAUCAACAGACAUAUUCAACAGGUGCAGGAUCCCGUCCAUGCUCUGUUGUUGUUACUGAUUUCAAUCAAGAUGGUUAUAUUGAUAUUGCUGUAGCAAAUAAUGGAACGAACAAUAUUGAUAUAUUCAUUAACAAUGGAAAUGGAACAUUUCGUAAUCAACAAAUGCUUUCCACUAACUCUUCUCGUCCAUCGUUUCUUGCUGUUGGUGAUUUUAAUAAUGAUAAUCAUUCAGAUAUGGCUGUUAUUUAUUAUGGUACUGAUAAUAUUGGUAUUCAUUUAGUAAACAACGAUGGAACUUUUCAGGCAAAUGUUACUUAUAGUACUGGUUAUGAUUCAUUCCCAUAUUCAUUGGCCAUUGGAGAUCUCAAUCACGACAAACAAUUAGAUAUCGUUGUUACCAAUUAUGGUACAAAUAAUAUUGGAAUCUUUUUUGGAUAUGGAAAUGGAAAAUUUACAAAUCAACAAAUUUAUACAACAACAUCGAAUUCACAUCCAACAUCUGUUACUCUUGGAGAUUUCAAUCAAGAUAAUCAAUUAGAUAUACUUGUCUCGAAUUAUGGUAUUGGUAGUAUUGGUUUAUUUCUUAAUCAAGGUAAUGGUACUUUUGCAAAACAAAUCCUACAUCUAAUUGAUUCUCAAUCUCGUCUACAAUUUAUUACUGUUGGAUAUCUUAAUAUGGAUAAAUAUCUUGAUGUUGUUGUUGUUGAUUCGGAAAAUGAUCGUAUACAUAUUUUGCCUGGAUAUAAUAAUGCAAGUUUUGGUACAUUAACAACAUAUGAUUCAAUCGCUGGAUCAUAUCCAUAUUUUGUUGCAAUUGUCGACUUUGAUAAAGAUAAUCAAUCUGAUCUUAUUGUUGCUAAUUAUGGUACCAAUAAUAUCGCAAUAUUAUGUGGUUAUUCAAGUAAACCAUCUGUUCGACAAACAACAUACUUUAUCGGCACUGAUUCUCGGUUAUCAUCAGUUGUUAUUUAUGAUUUCAAUAAAGAUGGCAAAUUAGAUGCAGCUGUUAAUAAUUAUAAUGAUGGUUAUGUACUGAUUCUCAAUGGUAUUAAUAAUGGAAAAUUUAUUCGAGGAGAUUCGUAUUCAACAGGCAAUGCAUCUAGUCCAAAGUAUAUGCGUCUUGGUGAUUUAAAUAAUGAUAACCGAAUGGAUAUGGUUGUAGCUAAUUCAGGAAGUGAUUCUCUUAGUACUUUUUUUAGUAAUGAAGAUGAAACAUUUGGAUCAAUGAAAUCUUAUUCGACUGGUAUUGGUUCACAACCUAGGUUUGUUGCUCUUGGUGAUUUUAAUAAUGACACUUAUUUAGAUAUUGUGUCUGCAAAUGUUCUCGCAAGUGGAAUAAGUAUAUUUUUAAAUGAUGGUAAUGGGAGUUUCAAUGAUAACGAAAUAUAUUCGACUGGUGCUUAUUCUCAACCUUAUUCAGUCGCUAUUGGAGAUCUUAAUAAUGAUAGUUAUCUCGAUCUCGUUGUCGCUAAUCCAGAUCUUCAGCCAGUUGGCGUUUUUCUAGGUUAUGGUAACGGUAGUUUUGGCGUGAUGAUACAAUAUCCAGGCGAUGAUUGCCCAGGCAAUACUUUUAUGGUCGUUCUUACAGAUUUAAAUCGAGACAAUUAUUUGGAUAUGAUUGUUACUUGUUCAAGCUAUGGAAAUGUACUUGUUUAUCUUGGAACUGGCAAUGGCACUUUUCCAACGCCUGUAACAUUAUUUGUUGGAACUGGUACAUCCCCAUACUAUGUAUAUGUUGCUGAUUUGAAUAAUGAUCAACAUCUUGAUUUUGCUAUCACUUGUAUUACAGGAGAUGAAUUGGUGCUUUUUUAUGGAGAUAGUACUGGAAAUUUUACGUUAGCAAGAAGAUAUUCAACUGGUUCAGGUUCAGCUCCAUAUGCUUUGAUUGUUAUAGAUUUGAACAACGACAAACAAUUAGAAUAUGUAGUUACUUAUUGGGGUACUGGAUAUUUAGCUGUAUUAACUGAAUAUUAUGCUGCAGAGUUUACUAAACAAUUCUCCUAUAAUACUGGAUCUGCUCCACAUUCAUAUUCAUUAGCCGCUGGUGAUUUUAAUAAUGAUAAUCAAUCAGAUGUUGUUGUUGCUAAUUCAGAUACCGAUAAUAUCAAUAUAUUAUUUGGUUUAAACAAUGGAUUAUUUAUGUCACCACUGACGUAUUCAGUUGGAAGUGAUAGUUCUCCACAAUAUGUUAUCACAGGUGAUGUUGACAAAGACAAUCAUUUAGAUAUAGUUACUUUAAAUUCAAAAGAAAAUACGAUGAGUAUAAUCAUGAAUUAUGGUAAUGGAAAUUUUUCUCAACAAAAGAAAUAUUCAACUGGAUCUAAUUCAUUUCCAACUAGUAUAGUUAUGGGCGAUCUUAAUAAUGAUAAUCGAACUGAUUUUGUUAUUACAAAUAAACAAGAUGAUAGUAUUGGUAUUUUUGUUGGAUUUGAUUAUACAUCAUUUCAAAAUCAAAUAAUAUAUUCUAUCAACAAUACUCAACAUAUAGGUGCUAUUACAGUUAGCGAUUUUAAUAAUGAUAAAUAUAUUGAUAUUGCGGUAGUUUAUUGGGGAAGCUGUCAAUUAGCUAUAUUUCUUGGUCAUAGUGAUGGAAAUUUCAGUCUAUUAACAAUUUAUUCGACAGGAUCUAAUUCUACUCCGUUUGAACUUGUUGUAAAUGAUUUCAACAAAGAUAAUCAUGCUGAUAUUGCCAUAGCUUAUGCUGGAAGCUAUGCGAUAGGCAUUUUUUUCGGGUAUGGCAAUGGAAGUUUUUCUAAUACAGUAACAUUUUCGACUGGAAUUGAUGCUAGACCAUAUGGUUUGGCUGUUGGAGAUUUCAAUAAUGAUAAUCGAACAGAUAUUGUCUCAGUCAAUACUAUUGCUAAUACUAUAGGUAUUUUUAUUGGAGAUGGUAUGGGAAAUUUCACUCUGAUGGAAAUAUAUUCAACUGGAAAUUCAACACACCCAGAGGAAGCAGCUGUUGGUGAUUUAAAUAAUGAUGGAAAUAUGGAUAUUGUUGUAUGUACUUAUAUUACCAGUGCUGUAUAUGUUUUUCUGGGAUAUGGUAAUGGAAGUUUUCAAGCACAAGUAUUAUAUUCCGUAGGUUACCAAUCAUGGCCAACUUCAAUAAUUCUUGCUGAUUUCAAUAAUGAUAGUCGCUUAGAUGUUGCUGUUAGCAAUUAUAAUGAUAACAAUGUGGGUAUUCUUCUGGGAUUAGGAGAUGGUACUUUUGGUAAUGUUAGUAAGUAUUCGACAGGUAUCGGAACUAGACCUUAUAGUCUAACCAUUGGUGAUUUUAAUAAUGAUAAAGUCUUAGAUAUUGCUGUUCCUAACUAUGGAACGAGUACGACUGUUAUUUUAUUUGGUUUUGGUGAUGGAACAUUCUUAUUAGGUACUUCUUAUUCAACUGGUGAAGGAUCUUCCCCGAAAUCGAUAGCUGCAGGUGAUUUCAAUCGAGAUGGACAAUUAGACAUUGUUGUAGUUAAUGUUAAUGCAAACAAUUUCGGUAUUUUUCUUGCAUAUGGUCGUGAAACUUAUGCAGGUGUAAUAAAAUAUCGAAGUGCUGAUGGAUCACAGCCACAAUCGAUUGCUCUUAGUGAUUUUAAUCAUGAUGGUUGGUUAGAUAUUGUGGUAACUAAUUAUGGUAUUGAUAACAUUGGUAUUUUAUUUGGAUUUGGAAAUGCAAUAUUUAGUCCUAUGAUAACAUAUUCAACAGGAAUCAAUUCUAGUCCAUAUUCUAUUGCCAUUGCUGAUUUCAAUCACGAUAAUCAUUCGGAUAUUGUUGUUACGAAUUCUGAAACGGAUAAUAUUGCUAUCUUCCAUGGUUACAGUAAUGGAACAUUUGCUCUUACAGCAUUGUAUUCAACAGGUACUCGUUCUCGACCUUAUACAGCUACUGUUGGUGAUCUUAACAGCGACAACUAUUUAGAUAUUAUCAUUGCCAAUUCUGGUACAAGUAAUAUAUUUAUAUUGUAUGGAUAUCCAAACGGAACAUUUGGAAAUGAAACUUCAUAUCCACUAGGUUAUGGAAGUCUUCCAUAUUCAAUUGCUUUAACUGAUUUAAAUCAAGAUGAAAGAAUGGAUAUGGUUAUAGCAUGUUAUGGUACAGACAAUAUAGAUACAUUAGUUAAAAUGUGUAUUUAA